AUGCCAUAUACACCGUCUGGCUUUUUCUGCGACCGGUUGAUCCGGGAACGAGAGAGGAGAGACGGGGAAGGGUCUUUGAACAAGCCCAUCCGCUUUAAUGGCCAGGACUACAACACGCUGAGACAGGAGUACCUUCAGAGGAAGGCCCUGUUCGAGGAUGACUCUUUCCCAGCCACUGUGGAGUCUCUGGGCUUCAAGGAGCUGGGACAUAAGUCCAACAAGGUCAAGAAUAUCAUCUGGAAGAGGCCCAAGGAAAUCUGUGAGAACCCUCAGUUCAUUGUUGGAGGAGCCAGUAGGACAGAUAUCUGUCAGGGAGAUCUGGGUGACUGCUGGUUGCUGGCUGCUAUUGCCUGUCUGACCCUGAAUGAGAAACUUCUGUAUCGAGUGGUUCCCCACGAGCAAAGCUACUCGGAGGGCUAUGCUGGCAUCUUUCACUUCCAGUUCUGGCGUUACGGUGACUGGGUCGACGUCGUCAUUGACGACCGCAUCCCAACUUUCAACAAUCAGCUGGUCUUCACUAAAUCGGCUGAGAGGAAUGAGUUCUGGAGUGCCCUGUUGGAGAAGGCCUAUGCCAAGCUGCACGGCUCUUACGAGGCCCUGAAGGGUGGAAACACCACAGAGGCCAUGGAGGACUUCACUGGUGGUGUCACUGAGUUUUAUGAGAUGAAGGAGGCUCCCAAAGAGCUCUACAAGAUCAUGAAGAAAGCUCUGGAGCGAGGCUCACUCAUGGGCUGCUCCAUUGACUCGCUGGUUCCUGCUCGCUUUGAAACUCGUACAGUGACGGGACUUGUGAAGGGUCAUGCCUACUCUGUGACGGCAGUGGACGAGUGUAAACCGUCUCAGCACAAGGACUCUAAAGUUCGUCUGGUGCGCCUCAGGAACCCAUGGGGUCAAGUGGAAUGGAACGGUCCCUGGAGUGACAACUCCAAGGAGUGGGCCGCUCUCUCUAAAGCUGAAAAAGACAAAUUGCAACACCAAAGUGCAGAGGAUGGAGAGUUCUGGAUGUCAUUUGAGGAUUUCAAGAAGAAUUACACCAAGAUUGAGAUCUGUAACCUCACACCCGAUGCCCUGGAGAGCGAUAAGAUCCACAAGUGGACAGUUUCUGUAAAUGAGGGCCGCUGGGUGAGGGGCUGCUCUGCCGGAGGCUGCAGGAACUACCCAGACACUUUCUGGACCAACCCUCAGUACCGUCUCCAACUGCUGGAGGAGGAUGAUGAUCCCGAGGACAAUGAGGUAGUCUGCACUUUUGUGGUCUCAUUGAUGCAGAAGAACAGAAGGAAAGAACGCAAGAUGGGAGCCAAUCUCUUCACCAUCGGAUUCUCUAUUUAUGAGGUGCCAAAGGAGAUGCAUGGAAACAAGCAGCACAUGCAGAAGGAUUUCUUCCUCUUAAACUCCUCCAAGGCUCGCUCCAAGUCCUACAUCAAUCUCCGCGAGGUGACGCAGCGUUUCCGCCUGAGCCCUGGCGAGUACGUCAUCGUUCCCUCCACGUACGAGCCCCACCAGGAGGGAGAGUUCAUCCUGCGAGUCUUCUCUGAAAAGAGGAACACCUCAGAGGAGAUUGAGAACAGGAUUGAGGCCGACCAUCCAGUGCCAGCGCCAGCCUCAGCAGGGGAAGAGAGCGAGGAGGACCAGCAUUUCAGGACUAUUUUUCAGGAGAUAGCUGGCGAUGUAAGUACAGGAGUGCACAAAGGCAAAGAAGCUGAUUUCAACAGACCUGUUGUGAAUCUCUGCUCUACUGUCUUUCAGGAGAUGGAAAUUACAGCCAAUGAACUAAAAAAUGUUCUCAACAGAGUGAUCACCACACAUAAGGACCUGAACACAGAGGGCUUUAGCCUGGAAAGCUGCAGGAGCAUGAUUGCUCUGAUGGACAUGGAUGGGACAGGUAGACUCAACCUUCAGGAGUUCAGACAUCUUUGGAAUAAGAUCAAACAGUGGCAGGGAAUCUUUCAACACUAUAAUGCUGACCAGUCUGGUAGCAUCAACAGUUAUGAGAUGAGGAAUGCUGUCAAUGACGCAGGCUUCCGUCUCAACAACCAGCUGUAUGACAUCAUCACCAUGCGUUACGCAAAUGAGAGCAUGAACAUCGACUUUGACAGCUUCAUCAGCUGUCUGGUUCGGCUCGAAGCUAUGUUCAGGGCGUUCCAGGCCUUUGAUCAGGACGGAGAUGGCACCAUCAGACUGAGUGUCCUGGAGUGGCUCCAGUUGACCAUGUAUGCCUAAAAAAGGCCCAUCUUUUUCCCGGUGAGCUCCAAUCCACACAAGGACCAGACCUGCCAGUGUUUACCUCAAUAUUCAGUGUGCCCGACCGCCGUUUGCUUUCAUCCACCUCACCUCCAGCCUUCCUCUCCCUCAGUCCCAUCACCUCUGCUUUCUCUGCACAAAAAUGUUCCUCCAUUUUCUAUUUGCAGAGGGUCUCAGACUUUCUGCAUUUUCUUCUCUGCUUUUGUCCUCCAAUUUUCAUCAAGAUAUCAGUCUCCUUUCAGUCAGUAGCUUUGUUAUUAUUUUUUAAAGACACCUUCACCAUUGGACCAUUCUUUUCUCAGGCAGCAAACACACACAACCUCUUUUACUCUGUCACAAUACCUCACAGAACCCCUCUCACACAGCGACCCAUUUCUGUAUUAGUUUACUUUUAAUCUCCAAUUCCUUCCCCUUUAAACACAGAUUGCUUUAUUCUGCUAUCAAACUGAGCAAUAAGGGUUUUUCCUGUAUUUGUCCCAGUGACCUGGGCUCUCUGGUGGACAUUAAAUAAAACUGUUAAAUACUGAAUCCUCCCUGUUAACAUUUCUAAUAACACCUCUUCUCCAAGCAGGUCUUUCACUAAUAGAAAAUUCUUUUAUUUCAUAUGGGAUUAGAAACAGUCCCAUUUCAUCCAACCAGCGUUGGGUUCUGCAUCUUCUGUUCAUCUCAGAGGCAGCCAGCAGGAACUCACCCAAAAACAACUGUCCAGUCUGCCAGUUUUUAAACUCAUGCAUGUGGAUGAAUGGGAUUCAAGAACAAAAACUGUGGAGCCAGCGAGUUUUUAAAUCUCUAAACACCAAUACUCAGUUCAAAAAUGGAUUUGAAAGAAUAUGGCUAAUGGGUUGGACUGCAGCUUUUUUGUGAUUUUUCU